AUGGCAGUCGCAUUCACAGACGACGAAGCGCAACUCUACGACCGGCAAAUCCGUCUGUGGGGCUUGGACGCCCAGAAGCGGAUGCGAUCUGCGCGCGUGCUGCUCGCGGGGCUGACUGGACUCGGCGUCGAGGUCGCCAAGAACAUUGUCCUUGCUGGCAUCAAGUCCAUCACGCUGCUGGACGGCGCAGUGACGACCGACGCCGACCUCACUGCUCAGUUCUACUUGGGCGUCGAGUCGCUCGGCCUGAACCGGCUGCUUGUGCACAACGCGUUCAUGGUCGCCGUCGUUGUCGAUGAGGAGAAUCUCGAAAGCAAGCAAGACAGCUUUUUCAGCCAGUUUGAUAUCGUUUGCUUGGUUGGAGCGCCGCUCAACACGAUGAUCUCCGUCAAUGAUGCGUGCAGAAAGUAUUGCGUCAAAUUCAUCGCUGGCUCGGUUUACGGCCUUUCCGGCUUCUUGUUUCAGGAUUUGUUGGAGCACGAUUACGUCGAAGACGUUGUUCGCGCCCCUGGAGAACCACCGCAGGUUGGAAAACACGAAACUGCUCAGCAGGCACUCGAUGCUGCCAAUGAAACAACUGCCAGCCAAUUCCAUUCGUCCUUCACGCCAUUAUCUGCUGCGUUGUCUGUCGCAUGGUCUGAUGCCAUCGCAGCCAAGCGCAUCAAGCCCGCGCCCAAGCUGUGGUUUGCCCUUCUCGCCCUCUGGCAGACACAACGACAGAACAUCGAGCUGCAAGCCACCUCCGACCUGCUUGCCAGCGCUGGCAUUCCAUCGAGUGUCUUGCCACUCGAUUAUUUGAGCGCAUUCUUCCAAAGCAUUGGACCGGAAAUGAGCCCUGUAUCUGCGAUCGUGGGCGGCGUGUAUGCCCAGGAAGUUCUGAAGGCAGUUUCUGGCAAAGACGCCCCGCUGAACAAUGUCUUUUUGUUUGACGGAACGGAUGGCGCCGGCUAUGCCACCCGCGUGUCGCUUUAG